AUGUAUUACAUACCAGAAAGUACUGAUUUCAAAGAGUUUUGGACGAGAAAAGCAAUUGAUUCUCUUGAAUCAGUAGAUUUCGAAAAGAAAUACAACGAUCUUCUCAGAAUCAUUGGAAUGCUUCAACAGAAUUUAACUGGAGAUGAUAUUGUCAACAUCUGCAGUUUUAUCAAUAAAUCUCUUGAUUCCCUCAAUUUGGUUGAAGCUGUUUAUUGUUUAAGGUCAAUCGACGAAACAUGCGGCACAAACAAGUUUGUUCACUUUGUUUUGGAUAAAAUUCAGAACCAAUUGAGCGAAAUUGACUUUUACAAGAAAUUGGUCAAAGCAAGAAAACAAAAAUGA